AUAAAAAUAAAACAGCUCUCGCUUAAUUGAGCUUUCUAUUUUGUAGUUUUGACUUUAUUAAAUUUACUAAUGGUUACUAUACCAAAUUGGUGCAAAAUCAUCAUUUCGGUAAUAGUGAGUAUCAGCUGGAUCCACACUAUAUAUUUGAGUUGGAAACUAUCGAAUAUUGUGAAAUAAUGCCUCUCACAGCUGACGUUGCUGCACAACAAGUACAGGAAAGAUUGAGGUCAUUACACAGAUUGAUUUAUGAUAUAGAAGCGGAGAGGUCUCGCAAUGAACAGUGCAUAGAUGCCAUACUUAGAGCUGAAAAAUCUACAGGAUCUCCUUCGAGUGCUGAUGAUUCAUCAGGAUCUUCCCAACAAGUUUCGCAGCUUAAAAGUUUAUAUAAAUCAGGUUUAACAGCUGCCGAGCAAGAAGAAAGACUACUUAGAGCUGCACUGUCAAGGAUUUACGAGAUACGUGCAAUUAAGAAUGAACGUCGAAUUCAGGCUCGUCACGCGGGUAACAAGGAGACGAUCGGUUGCGGGGCGCUGAUGAAGCUGCUCCUGAGUGCCGCGCAAACGCUGCCGCUGCACGUGGGGCGCGCGGGGGAGCGGGCGCCGCCGCUGUGCGGAGCGGUGCCGGCCGACGCGGGGCACGUCGCUCGACCCGGGGACGCCGUCGCCGCGCUCGUGCGGGUCUCCGAUAACGAGGACAACUGGAUAUUGGCCGAGGUGGUGAGCUGGUUGCCCGCUCAGGGGAAAUACGAAGUGGACGACAUCGACGAAGAGCAGAAGAAUCGUCACGUGCUGAGCAAGCGCCGCGUCGUGCCGCUGCCGCUGAUGCGAGCCGACCCUCGGACCGACGAACACGCUCUCUUCCCUAAAGGUGCGGUAGUGAUGGCGCUAUACCCACAGACCACGUGCUUCUAUCGCGCCGUAGUCAACCGGCUGCCCGCGAGCGCGGCUGACCCCUAUGAAGUGUUGUUCGAGGAUUCGUCGUACGCGGACGGCUACUCGCCCCCAGAGCGCGUGGCGCAGCGCUACGUCAUCGCCAUCAAGGAGGGCAAAGGCCGCGCCACCUGAUGCCGCCCACACUGCCCGCCCGCCGCUGCGUCCGCCUCCGCCCCCGCUACCGCUACCUAGUCACCUCGGCCAACACCCACGCGUCAUGCGUACUGUUGUUCUACAUUACACAAGCUGAAUCGAAGACAAAUUUUCUUUCGCAUUUUAAAAUUAUGAUCAUAAUACAUAGCGGUAUUUUAAAUUUAAAGGCUGAUUUACACAAGAAUUCUCGAAUAUUGUUUCAAGAAACAUUAAUCUCUACGAAUUACAUGAAGCGACAGGCUAAACCCGCCUUUCAAUGCUUCCAAACGGUUGAUACUUUAUACUGUCUGUGACCAGUUGAAGGAUGCUAUAAGUACGCCGCUUGUGUGUAAUUCAGCCUUUAUAAAGUGUAGUUUUUCGUUAGAUGUUGUCGAGUGUGUCAGAGAAUUUGUUGGAUGUCAAUUUUGGGUUUAAUGUGGUGAUCGGUUAGUAAUCGUUGUGGUGCGAUGUGAUGUGCGGAUUUAUUGGACCGGACCAGUGUGUAUAGACGAUGACAAAAAUAAUUUAGUGAAAGGUUUAGUACUUGUUCACAAUAGACGCCAACGAGAGAUAGUAAGAGAGACCUAAGUGUUGCAUGUUUAAUUUAAAAAAAAAUUAAUGGUACAUAAAUAUUUAGAUUGUAGACAUAUAGUCCUUAGAUACGCCAUAUGGCAGAUUUAUAGAACAAAAACUUGCUGUAUAUAAAUCAUAAGAUUUAUUAAAAUGAAAUAAGUUAUUGUGUUAACUGUAACAUUAAGUUAAUGCAGCUAAUUUAAGAAUAACGAAAAAUGCACGAAUUUAAGGAUUACCUAUUCUAAUUUUAUCCACUUAGGACACUAAGAACAGUUUGCGUCUGUUCGAAAUGUCCAUAUGGAUGAGAUGUCCAGGGGCCUCCGUGACUUCGUAGUGUUAGUCCUACAGAUUUCGAUCUCACUGACGUUGUUGUAUGUAGAUAGUUUUUCACAUAAUUCAUAAAAUUACACUUACAAAAUUAAUAUUACAUUACAGACUUAAAACCAAACACGUUAGUUAUUUAAUCAUAAAUAUUAUUAUAUCCAUUAUUUAAAAUAAAACAACGUUUACGAAUUAAAUCUUCGCAUCCGUUACGCUUUUUUAUGAAUCAUUAAAGUAAAUUACUAGAUUUAAAGUUGUUGACCCUUUCGCUACGACGGGCCUCGCUGCAGUGUUUCGUAGGAUGAGUAUACGGCGUACCUGAUGAGUAAUUGCCGUCGCCCACGGGAAUCAGUAAUGCCAGGGGCAGAGCUAAGCCGCUGCCUACCGUUUUAGAAAAGUUUUAUAAAAAAUUUUAUCGGACAGCAGCUGCUAGAGAGAGACAAAAAAUCGCCAUAACUUACAUCUUUAUUUUUCUUUUUUUAUUGCCUUUGUAGGCAGACGAGCGUACGGACCACCUGAUG